GUGCAAAAAACAUAUGAUAUCUGUCAUUUUGUAAAAACAACACAACUAUAUAAACAGCAGUCGGAGGUGACCGUGAAAUUCAGAGGAAUCCAAUUGGAAACAAUAAUAAAAAAGGAAGGAAUUAUUCACUGGCUUUCUGAGAACUAAGUAAUAAACCACAAUGUCCAAAUAUUAUUUAAACGGCGCCAAAGAUGAAGCCAAUGUCCGGGAGUUUGAUACCUUAGAUGCUCCGGUACGAGAAUUAAUCCUAGCCGCUGUAGAAGCCCGCAAACAUGCCUAUUGUCCGUAUAGUAAUUUUGCUGUAGGUGCAGCUAUACGCACAGCAGACGGUUCCAUUUACACAGGAUGUAAUAUUGAAAAUGGUGCCUACACUGCAGGCAUUUGUGCCGAAAGAACAGCAGCCGCCAAAGCUAUAAGUGAGGGUAAACGUGAUUUUGUUGCUUGUGCUGUUGUCGCCCAACAGGAGGGCUCAUUUACCACACCUUGUGGGGUUUGUCGUCAAUUUUUGGCCGAGUUUGGGGCUAAAAAUGAUUUCCCUUUGUAUGCUGCCAAGCCCAACAGUCCACCGUUUCGCGUUUUGUGCACAAGCGUUAUGGAAUUAUUGCCCAAGACAUUUCUAUUUGAGAAGUAAAAUAUAUUCUUAGUAAAUGUUUUUUUUUCUUUCGAUAAGAAAUUAUAGAAAAACUGUAGCUGUGGAUAUCAUAUUCUUUUGUAAAAUAGAUACGACCAAUUAACCAUAGAUGCUAGACAUUGAUGUAACGUUUUGUGUUAUCUUUUUAUUUAAUAUAUUAAAAAAAAAAACUUUUUAUAUUUGCAUGUCGUGUUGAUAUAUUUUUUUAUGUAUAUAUUUUAAUUGAUUUUAUAUACAAAUAAAAUAUAAAAAGAAUUUCCACUGUUUUAGAUUUAUAGCGGCACAAAAUUAAUUUUUUAAAAGCAACUGUGGUUAUUCGCGAUGGAAUUCAAGCGUGAGAGUGUGAUUUCUGUGAACGAGAUUUAAAAAAUGUACAACAAUAUUGAAAAGAAAAAGUGAAAUAUGGAAGGAAACUAUGAAAGACUAAGAAGUAUUUUCCUGGAAGACGAAAAGUUACCAGAAAACACAAAGGUUUUCUCACAGAAGACAAAAAAUGGUAUAAAAAAGGGUUCCUCAUAGAAGGGUUGCUCACAAAAGCCCAUAGGUUCUCCUCUCAGAAGAUCAAAAGAUUUUCUCACAGACGACGAAAAGUUCUUCUCUUUGAUGAAAUUUUUUUCAACAGGAUGUACUAAAAGAUAGACGAUCAAUUUUGAAGGAACAAAAAUUUUCUGAAAAAAUAUUGUCAAAAGACAAGUAAAAAACGUCUAAAGAAGGGCCAAAAGGUCUGCUAAAGAAAGACCAAGAGAUCCUCUCACGAAAACGAAAAGGACCUGUCGUAGAAUAUCCAAAAAUCAUAUCAAAAAGACGUUUCAAAUAAGGACAAAAGAUCCGCUUAAGGAUGAACAGAAGGUACUCUUAAUGUAGACCAAAAAUUCCUCUCAUAGAUGACCUAAAGACCUUCUCAAAAGAACGCCUCAAACAAGACCAAAAAUCCUCUUGAGGAAGAAUAAAAAAUCCCUUAAUGGAAGGCUCUAAUAUCUUCUCAAAGGAACGUCUCAAAGAAGACCAAAAGAUCCUCUUAGGGCAGACCAAAUGGUCCUCCCAUUGACGAAUAUAUGGUCCUCUCAUAGAAGACCAAAAGGUCAUAUCAUGGAAGAACAAAAGAUAAUCCCAAAAGGUCCUCAUAAAGAAGGCCAAAAGUUCCUCAUAAGGAAGACCGAAAAUUCCUGAAUUAGAAGACGAAAAGUACUUCAAAAAGGACGCUUCAAACAAGGCCAAAAGAUUCGCUCAAGGAAGAACAAAAGGUUCUCUCGAAGAAUAAUUAAAGAUCUAUUGAAGGCACAAAGUUCUUCUAAAUAGAUCUAUUUAAGGACAAGCAAAAAGUAUUUUUAAGGAAAACCAAGAGGUCCCUUCAUAGAAGUCCCAAAGGUCAUCUUAUAGAAGAACAAAAUAUCUUCUGAAAAGGUCUUCUUAAGGAAGGCCAAAAUAUCCUCGUAAAGAAAAACACAAAUUCCUCUAAUAGAAGACCUAAAUUUUUUCUAAAAGGACUCCUCAAACAAGGCAAAAGAUCCGCUCUAGGAAGAACAAAAGGUUCUCUCAUAAAAUAAUAAAAGAUCCUCUACUAGAAGGCCCAAUGUUUAUAUAUUAUUGAAGGCACAAAGUUCUUCUAAAUAGGUAUAUUUAAGGACAACCAAAAGGCCAUCUUAAAGAAGAUCAAGGCGUCCUCUUAGAAGUCCAAAAGGUCAUCUCAUAGAAGCACAAAAUAUCUUCUGCAAAUGUCCUCUUAAGGAAGGCCAAAAGAUCCUCGUAAAGAAUACCACAAUUUCCUCAAUAGAAGACCUAAAGUUCUUCUAAAAGGACUCCUCAAACAAGGCCCAAAAGAUCCGCUCUAGGAAGAACAAAAGUUUCUCUCAAAAAAGAAUAAAAGAUCCUAUCGUAGAAGGCCUAAAGUUUUUCUAAAUAGAUCUAUUUAAGGACAACCAAAAGGUCUAACAGAAGAUCAAGGGGUCCUCCCAAAGAAAACCAUAAGGUCCCCCAUAUGAGACACAAAUGUGUUCUCAUAGAAGGUACAAAUGUCUUCUCAAAAAGAACCAGCUGGUUCAUUCUAGGGCAGUAACUAGGUAACAUUGUUAGCAAAAUUUUGCUGUUCGGAUGUGGAAUGAAAUAUCCUCUCAUGGAAGACCAAGAGCGUAUAUUAUGGAAGGCAUAAAGUUCUCCUUAAUCGAUCGUUUUAAGGAUAAUCAAAAGGUCUGCUUAAGAAAGACCAAGACGUCCUCUCAUAGAAAAUCAAAAGACACAAAUGUCUACCAAAAAUAACGCCUCAAAGAAAACCAAAAAAAGAUCCUUUUAAGGACGACCAAAAAUUACUUUCAUAAACGAAAAAACCGUUUCCAAAGGAAAACUAAAUGGAUAUCCAUUUCAUGGAGGAGGCUAUGUAUACAGUUCAUAAAGAACUAGCUGGCCCCUUCUAGGAUAGUCAUUAGGUAACCUUGUUGGCGAAAUUUUGCUGCUCGGAUCCGGAACACCUUUCAACCCAAUUAAUAACAAUUCCUCCAAACAAAUACCCGUAAAAGAAAACAAAAUGUAGUGAUCUUUGUUUCUUACAUAAUAUAAUUAUGAUAUAAUAUAUAUAUAUUUUUUCUUGUUGGUUGGUUUAUCAUCAUUCAACUUAAACCUUAAGCUUAAUUGCAUUUAUUCACAUACACAUAAUUAACACUAAAUAAACAUUAUUGCAUAUUUCUAAAAAAUAUAUCUUUUUAGAAAACAAAAAAAAAACAGAUUAAUCUUAAAUACAAAAAAAAAAAAAUAAUAAUAAUAA